AUGCAUUCCAUUCAUCUCCAUUUCUCCAUCGCAAACACCGAGCGCAACUGCCUGCCAUCCCCUCACAUUCGAUACGAUAGCGCCAGUUUGCGCUGCCCAGCCGCCAACAUGCAAGGCUUUAAUAUGGGACGCUAUGUCCCACCCGACCAAGAAGGCCUCACAAGCGCCAACAAGCUCGCGGGAAAGCACCCGCUCGGGUCCCGCGCCCGCCAUCUACACACCACCGGCGCCCUAGUCGUGCGAUUCGAGAUGCCCUUCGCGGUAUGGUGCACGAACUGCAAACCGCACGAGACGAUCAUCGGACAAGGCGUGCGCUUUAACGCCGAGAAAAAGAAAGUUGGGAAUUACCACUCGACGCCCAUCUAUAGCUUUCGCAUGAAACACACCGCUUGUGGUGGAUGGAUCGAAAUCCGCACGGAUCCGCAGAACACGGCGUAUGUGGUUACCGAGGGAGGUAGGAAGCGGGAUACCGGAGAAGAGAAGGAUCUCGGCUUGGGGGAGAUUACGAUCAAAUUGCGAAGGGAGGAGGGGGAGAGUGACCCGUUGGCCAAGUUGGAGGGAAAGGUUGAGGAUAAGAGGAGGGCGGAGACGGAACAGAGCCGGCUAUUUGAUCUGCAGCGACGGCAAAAUCGCGACUGGGAUGACCCGUACGAGCAGUCGAGGCGGUUGAGACGGGGGUUCCGGGCGGAACGGAAGGUGCUCGAGACGGCGGAGGCGAAGAGCGAGGCGUUGAAGGACAAGAUGAGCUUGGGGAUCGAUCUGGUGGACGAGACGGAGGAGGAUCGGCUACGUGCUGGAUUUAUCGACUUUGGACCUACCGGUGAUGCGACUACUCGCACUCGACCCAUGUUUGAGUCCUCGGUGACGGCGACAACUAAGAGAUUGCCGCUCGCUUCGGGGAGUCGACAUGGGAAGAGAUCGAAGGCGGCCGAUCUUGUUGCAGACCGGAAGGCGAUAUUGCGCAGUGAGUUGACGAGUAAUACGCGCGCAGCGGUCGAUCCGUUCCUCAGUCAAGACGCCAAUAUAUGGCAGCCAGAGAACAAGCGGCGAAAAACCGCGCUGAACAAACCAGUGGAGACCAUUAAGGACAACAAAGACAGCAAGUCUAUCCAACCAUCUUCUACCGUGUCGGGUGAGCAUUUGAAGGAGGCAGACACAUCGGAUCAGAAGCAGUCGGGUGCUGCGACUGCUCUGGUUGCUUAUGCUUCUGAUUCAGAUUGA